CAGAAUCUUCCUGCUUCUCGUCGCAGAACUCUUCAGCUUGAUUGUGUUGAAAGUGAAAUUCACGGGCAGUUCCUCAGUGAAUUUCCGAUUUUACCUCAGUUUCUUUUUCUCGCGAUAGUGAAUUCGAUAAUGAUUUGUUAAGGAGCUUCUCUAGUGAUGCCGGCUGAGACAAUGAAACUAAUCCUGCUAUUUUGCACUAUCAUCCUCGCCACUCGCGCCGUGGCCGAGAUGGAAGUCGUCGAUGGUCAGGAUUACGAGGCGUCCAAGGACUCGGAAGAGCCUCUGCAUCGCUACGCGAGGAGCGACAGGAUGGACAUUGAGGCGCGCCGUCGGAGUUCUGUAGACAAGAACUUUAUGAGAUUCGGUCGAGCGGACAAGAAUAUUCUGCGCUUUGGGCGAUCGAAUCCGCAAAAUAUCCUGAGAUUCGGAAGGAGUGGCGAUAAUUUCAUGCGAUUUGGCAGAAGUGACGAUAAAAGUCUCACGCGACUUGGUCGACCAGAUAACAGCAAUUUCAUACGAUUCGGGAGGAAUUAUGAACCAUCGCUGAGAAGGAAGAAGGCCAAUGAGAUGGAUUGGAAUGAUGCAAAACCAGAUAAUUUCAUGCGAUUCGGACGCAACCAGAAGACCAAUUUCCUUCGUCUAGGACGUGCUGAGGACAAAAGUGGCGCCCAGACGAAUCCUCAGAACAGGAAUAUUCUGAGAUUUGGCCGUUCUGAUCCCUUCAUGCGCUUCGGUCGCAGUGAUAGUGCCGCGAUAGAAGCUGAAUCUGAGAGCUCUGAGGAUAUUGCAGAGAAUCUGAAGCCACUCCUGGACGUUCUGCCUUCGCUGGCCGACGAAGAUGACCUCAUAGUUAUUCCGCCAAAUUAUCUAAUCGCCAAGGACUCGGACAAGUGAAUCUCUUUCACUUGUCCCGACAGUGGAGGAAUAUAAGAGGGGAAAAUCUCCAAUGUUGGCUGGUUUGGGGAUUUCCUUCUUGUCUUAUUUUCCCAUUUUCUCUCAUUCUUUGAAAAAUAUGUACAUUUCCGUUAUAAUAAAAUUAUUUUC